AGAACCUGGUGCCUGCCCCAGCCCUAUCCCUGGGGAAAUGAAAGCCAGGCUGGGGUUCAAAUGAGGGCAGUUUCCCUUCCUGCGGGCUGCUGAUGGAACAACCCCAUGACUAGAAGGACCCAGCCUCCGAGCGGCCACACACCGUGUGUCUCUCUGUCCCGCUGGCACCGAGGACUCAUCCAUCUGCACAGCUGGGGCCACUGGGAGGAGAAGCCAUGACCCCCUCCCUCACGGUCCUGUUCUGCUUAGGGCUGAGUCUGGGCCCCAGGACCUGUGUGCAGGCAGGGCCCCUCCCCAAACCCACCGUCUGGGCUGAGCCUGGCUCUGUGAUCAGCUGGGGGAGCCCCGUGACCAUCUGGUGUCAGGGGACCCCGGACGCUCAGGAGUACCAUCUGGAUAAAGAAGGAAGCCCAGCACCCUGGGACACACAGAACCCACUGGAGCCCAGGAACAAGGCCAAGUUCUCCAUCCCAUCCAUGACACAGCACUAUGCAGGGAGAUACCGCUGUUACUAUCACAGCCAUCCAGACUGGUCAGAGGACAGCGACCCCCUGGACCUGGUGAUGACAGGAGCCUACAGCAAACCCAUCCUCUCAGUCCUGCCGAGUCCUCUUGUGACCUCAGGAGAGAGCGUGACCCUGCUGUGUCAGUCACAGAGCCCGAUGGACACUUUCCUUCUGUUUAAGGAGGGGGCAGCCCAUCCCCUGCCGCAUCUGAGAUCACAGCACGGAGCUCAGCUGCACUGGGCUGAAUUCCCCAUGGGUCCUGUGACCUCAGUGCAUGGGGGGACCUACAGGUGCAUCAGCUCACGCAGCUUCUCCCACUACCUGCUGUCACGCCCCAGUGACCCCGUGGAGCUCACUGUCUUAGGAUCCUUGGAGAGUCCCAGCCCCUCACCCACAAGGUCCAUCUCAGCAGCUGCAGGCCCUGAGGACCAGUCCCUCAUGCCUACGGGGUCAGACCCCCAGAGUGGUCUGAGAAGGCACUGGGAGGUACUGAUCGGGGUCUUGGUGGUCUCCAUCCUGCUUCUCUCCCUCGUCUUCUUUCUCCUCCUCCAACACUGGCGUCAGGGCAAACACAGGACAUCAGCCCAGAGACAGGCUGAUUUCCAACGUCCUCCAGGGGCUGCAGAGCCAGAGCCCAAGGAUGGGGGUCUACAGAGGAGGUCCAGGCCAGCUGCUGACGUCCAGGGAGAAAACCCCAAUGCUGCCAUGAAGGACACACAGCCUAAGGACGGGGUGGAGCUGGACAGUCGGAGCCCACACGAUGAAGACCCCCAGGCAGUGACGUAUGCCCGGGUGAAACACUCCAGACCUAGGAGAGAAAUGGCCUCCCCUCCCUCCCCACUGUCCGAGGAAUUCCUGGACACAAAGGACACACAGGUGGAAGAGGACAGGCAGAUGGACACUCAGGCUGGUCCUUUCCUCUCCAGGCCCCCAGCCCUCCCCUACCCCCAUCACAUUCCUUCCCUCUCACUCUCCCCCACUGCAGGCUGCUACAUCUGAAGCCCCCCAGGAUGUGACCUAUGCCCAGCUGCAGAGCUUGACCCUCAGACGGGAGGCAACUGAGCCUCCUCCACCCCAGAAACAGGAACCUUCAGCUGAGCCCAGUGUCUACGCCACUCUGGCCAUCCACUAAUCCAGGGAGGACCCAGACCCCACAAACCACGGAGACUCAGGACCCCAGAAGGCAUGGAAGUUGCCCCCAGUGGACAUCAUUGAACCCCAGCCAGCCUAGACCCCUAACAGAGACCACUAGAAGAUUCUGGGAACUUUGGGCUUCACCUGAUUCUGCAAAGAUAAAUAGUAUCCCUGCAUUAUCAAAACAAAGUAGCAGACUUCUCAGUUCCCAAUGAGUUAACUGAUAAAAAACAAAAACAAAAACAAAAAAAACCAGAAGUCAGAAAAUGUUUUAAAUUGAAUGCUCAUGUAAAUAUUACACAUCAAACCAAUGACAUGGGAAAAUGGGAGCUUCUAAUGAGGACAAACAAAAACUAAGGAAAAAUCAAUAAAGUCAAAAGUUUAUUCUUGAAAA